GACGUCUAUGGCUGGAAUAAGAAACUAUCCCUAAUCAAUGAUAAAUUUUUAUUACAAUCUCAUCGAAAAAAACUUAAUAUAAUGAAUUUAAGCACUGUCGUCACUAAAACUGUUAAUGCCUCAAUUCAAAAUAUUCUUGAAAAACAACGUCUAAAAAGACUUGAAGCUAAAAGGCUUCAACUGAAAAGUUUAAUUGAUGAUCAAAAUGACAUCCCUAAUGACAUCUCUAAUGACAUCCCUAAUGACAUCCUUAAUCAUAAUCAAAAUCCACAAACUAACGAUGACAAAUUAUAUCAAACUAACACUGAAAAUACUACAAUCAACAAUUAUAUUGAAAAAACCGAUGCUACUGAUAAUACAAAUAAUAUUGAUAAAACUGGUAUUAUCGAUAAAACGGAUAAUAUUGAUAAGACUGACAAUAUCGGUAAUAUUAAUAAAACUAAUAAAACUGAUAAUAUUGAAAAUGUACUGAAAAUAGAUCUGAUUAAUAAAGCAGAAACAAUAAAUCAAACUGAACAAACCGAUAAAACUGCAAAAAUUGAUGGAUCUGCAGCUGAUAAACCUAAAACUGAUAAGAUUAAAAUCAAUAAAAAUCUCGAUUCUCUGAACGACAUUUACCAAAUCAAUAACGGAAACUUGAUUAAUAACAAAAGAAGCAAAAUCAAUCCCUCACUUAAAGAAGCAAUAGAAUUUUUUGAAGACGCUAAGAAAAAUGAAUUAGAGCAAAUUAGAAAAAAAAACCUUGAACAAAAAAGGUUAAAAGAAAAACAAUUUGAAGAAGAAAAAAAAUUAAAAGAAAAUAAACUCAAAGAAUUACAGGAGAAAGAACAAAGGUUCAGGGAAUCACAUAAAAAUUUUAAAAGCCCUGAUUCAAAAAGAAAAUCUAUUUCUUCAAGAAAAUCAUCUGUUUCAAAUAAGUCAAUUCCAAGCUUUUUGAGAUCAGUUCACAAGAUUGAUACCACUAUUGAAAGAAGAAGCGAGGUUCUUUCAGCUCAAAAAGCUAGGUUUCCAGUGGAUGAAGAUAUUAAAAAAAUCAUUCAUCCUUCUUUAAAUAAAGAAUUUCCUACUGAACCUAGUAAUUAUGAUGAAUCUUUUGAAUCGAAUUACGAUAACACUGAGAAUUACGAGCAAAGUUAUGAUAACAUUGAUCAUUUUACAAUAGAACAUCAGGAUUAUGAUGAUUCUUAUGGUGAUUCUUAUGGUGAUUCUUAUGUUGAUUCUUUUGACCAAAAUGAAAAUUAUAAUACCAAUUAUAACGAUUAUUCUAAUGAUAAUUAUACGGCUUCCAAUAAUAAUAAAAAAUCAUAUUAUAAUACAAAUAAUAAUUAUAAAAACUAUGACAAUCAUUAUUAUUCCACAGAAAAUAAAAGAAUUGAUAAUAAUUAUAAACCAUAUGAGAAAAAAAAUUUUAAUAAAAAUUUUAAUCAUGGAAAAAAUGAUUUUAAUACAAGUAAUCUGACAGAAAAUUAUGGUAAACAAUUAAUGAGAUCAGAUUUUAGAGGUGAUGAUAGACACUCCUAUGUUUAUAAAAAUCAAUCGAAUGCUUUUGGAUAUAGUGAUAAACAUGAAUUUUUCUCUUUUGAUAAGAAAUCAAAAUAUAAUUAUAAUGGAGAUGAAGGUAAUUACAGAGAUCCAAAACAGAAAUUUAAUAAAAACAAUCAGUUUCGUGGCUCACCAAAUCAAAAAUCUGAAAGAUAUAAUAAUAAAGAAAAAUCUGGAAGAUAUGAAAAUAACCAUAAUAAAAAUUACAAUUACUCAUAUAAUGAUUUUUAUCAUAAGAAUAAUGAUUAUUAUAAUAAAAAGAACCAUUACGAGAACUAUCCUGCUUAUAAUAAAAAGGGCUAUUUCCAAGAUGAAAACUAUACUAAUUAUCUGAAUCCAAAAGAGACUACUGAUAGUUAUACUGCUGGAAACUAUGGUGAUGAAAACUAUGGUGAUGAAAAUUAUACUACUGAAAACUACGAUGAUGGAAACUACGAUGAUGGAAACUAUGAUUAUACAGAUGAAAAUCAUCUUGCUCAAAACAACUUUGCUGAUAACUACAAUACUGAAAACUAUAAUGAUAAUAAUAGCAAAGAUUAUCAAUUAAACCAAAAAGAUGAAACUAAUCAAAAAUCUAAGCAAGAAAUUGAACCUGAAAUUGAACAACAAGUUUUGAUAGAAGACAUUUUAAAAAUUAAUAAUAAAAAUGAUUUGGAUCUUGAUGAUUUAUCCGAAUCACAAGACGAAACUUCAAUUAUGGAAAACGAGCCUUUAAUUAGCGAUCAUGGAGUUAUAGAAGAUAAAGUAGAUGAACCAAGAGCAGAAUUAGAUAAAAACUCGGAUAAAAACAGAAAAAGGGCUUCUUCGUUAAUUUUAUCAGCUCUUUCAUCUCACGAAUUUGAUGAACCUGGUGAAAUUACAGAAAUGGAGUCAAGUUUUAAUACAAAAAUUGGUCAAACAAACAAUAUUCCUAAUAAAAAACACGAUGAACUUAGUUUAUCUACCAUCAAAAAUGUGAAUACACCUGAUUUUAUGUUAAAAGAGACUACAAAUUCACAAAUUAAAGGUAUUGAAAACAGUGAAAAAUCAGAUUCAAAACAAAUGGAACAGAAUAAUAAUUCACUGAACAUUGAAAAAACCAAAACAGAGAUAAAGAAAAAUAGUGAGCUUGAUAAAACUGAAAAAAACAAUAAAUCUGAUAAUGCAAAAGAAAAAAUUGGUGAAUAUCCAAAUGAAAAUAGAAUAGAGUCUAGGAAAUCAGACAAAAAUUAUAAUUCAAAUCAUAUUAAAGACUUUAAUUCCAAAUCUGUCAAUGAAUUAGCUAAAAAGUCGCAUAAAUCCAACGGUAAUAUUAUAGCUAAAGAUAAUUCUGAACGUGAUUUUGAUCUUAUAGUUGAAGCUGAUUUAAAUGAACAAAAUAUUGUUCAGGCUAAUGAGAGUAUCAGUUUAAGUUUUGAUGAAAUAUCAAUUGAUAAUUUAGAUAAAAAUGAAGAAAAAUACGAAAAAAAGAACCCUUCAGAUAAACAAAAUCAACAUAAUAAAACAAUAAAGCAUAAAGACUCUACGAAAAUUAAUUUAGGCAAGGAAAUACAGGUGAUUGACGCUAAUAGUCAUGACCUUGCACCUUCUGGUGACGAUUUGAACACCCAUUCGGUUAGAAAUACAAAUAUUGAUCUAGAUGUCUACAAUAAUUCAUCUUUUAAAUUGGAAUCAAAACCAUCGACAGGUAAUUCUUCUGAGAAUGUUGGAAAAAAUGAAACCGAAAUUACAGACUAUGGUCUGUUUGACAUAAAGGUACAAGAUUCAAAAAAUUACGGAACCGAUGAUCAGGUCGAGCAUUAUGAGGAUUUUAGCAAUAAUUAUGAUAAGUACGAUAGUCACAAGAAUUAUAACAAUAAUAAUGAUAAUUAUGAUAAUUAUGAUAACUAUGACAACUAUGACAACUAUAAUAGUUAUCAUAACUACAAUGAUUAUAAUAACUAUGAUAAUUAUAAUAGUCCCAAUAAUUAUAAUCAUGGAAACAAUUAUAAUUCCAGUUAUGGUAAUCUUAAUGGUAAAGAUAAUGUUGGUGAAAAAGGGAGUCAUAAUAAAAAGGAGAAAAAAGAGAAAAAAGAUAAUACUGAAUAUAACAUACAUCGGAAUUAUAUCAAAAAUAAUAAAAAGCAGGACCUUGGAAAAAAUUACAAAACAAAAAAAAAUAACUCGAAUGAAAAACCAAAAAUUCCUCUAAGAAAAAUCAAAGAUAAAAAUCUGCAUACCGAUUCUGACGAUAAUGCUUUUAUGGAAAUCAAUGAUGGAUCUUCAAAAGCAAUAAAAGUUAAUGAUAAUAAACAAAGAAUAUUGGGUGGACGCCGUCUUCCUAAAGAGAUAGACAAGCCAUACGAAUAUAAAAAGUCUGGUAACUCUCUUGCUUCAACAAUUGAGGCAGAUCAGAAAUUAUUGAAUAAAGUUGGAUCUCAAGAAUACAAAGAUGACCAGGUUCAUGACAGCAUUCAAAGCAUAAACCAUAUAAAUAGCAAUCAGUCUAACUCAAAAACUUCAUCAGAUUUAUUUGUUUCAAAAGAAACUUUAAAAGAAUUAGAAUUAAAUGAUGAUGAUCAGAGUAAACAGAAUAAACAAAGCAACCGGAAUAAUCCAAAAGAAUCGAUUUCAGAGACUAUCACUAAAGGAAAAUUAGCAAAAGAAAAUUUUGAAAAAACAUUGAAUAUCAGUGAUUUAUAUCAUGAGCUUGAAAACGCUGAUAAUCAUGAAAUUAAUAUUAAUAAAAAAGAUUUGGCUCUAGGUGAUAAAAAUGAUAACAAUGAUAAUUUAAAGAAUGAAAAUGCACAUUCAAGAAGUAAAACCAGUGAAAUAUCUGAUCAAGCCACACAUUUAACGGAUAAUAAAGCUCAUUCGUCAGAUAAAACUGAAGAGAAUAAAAAUAAUAAAUCUAAUUCUAACAAUUUAAAUGAAUUGAGUGGUAACAAUAGAAGUAAUGAUUGGGAUAAUCUCGGUAACAAUAACAACAAUUUUGACGGGGAUAAUAUUAUCAAUGAAGCUGUUGGAAAAAUUCAAGCGGAAGAUAAUAUAACAUCUAUUAAUGAAUUAGUCUCUUCUGUUCAGGAUGAACAAAAUUUGGGUAAUACUAGUAUUGACAUAGCCCAGAAAAAUGAUGAAAAACCUAAUUCAAAAGAAAAGAAAAAUGUUGAACACACAGUGAGUAAUCAAAAAAAUGAGCGAAAGAGCUCUUUGGAAAAUGAGGAAUUUGAGGAUAUUGAUGAUAAGACUUUCGAUAAUUAUGGAGACAAUGAAGAAACAAAUAUAAUAUCAAUUGAUAAUUAUGAUAAUUUUGGUGACAAUGAUAAUUAUGGCAUUGAUGAUAAAAAUAAUCAAUACGAUGAAAAAUCCCAAAGUCAAAUUAAUUAUGAUAAUUAUGAUGGUUAUAAUAAUUAUAAUACUUAUGCUAAUUAUAAUACUUAUGAUAGCUAUGGUGACUAUUCCAAUUAUGAUAACAAUGAUAAUUAUGGUGAAUAUAAAAAUUAUGAUAACUCUGAAAAUUUCAGGGAGAAUAAUUAUCAAAAAACCUACGAUAAUUAUGAAACAACAAACAAUCAAUACAAUGAUCAAUAUAAGAGACCAUUAUCAAAAGAUCAUGGAAAUGAUGGGCCGCCAUUUAAGAAAAGAUUUGAUAGCAAAACAAGAGAUAAUUUUGGAUCAAAUAAUAAAACUGGAGGAAACUUUGGAAGAGGUGGAUUUUCAAGAGGAAAUUCUAGAGGAAAUUCUAAAGGAAAUUCUAGAGGAAAUUCUAGAGGAAAUUCUAAAGGAAAUUCUAGAGGAAAUUCUAGAGGCAGCUUCAGAGGUAAUUUCAAAGAUAAUUUUUCAAAUAAUAGUCCUUCAAGAGGUGGGUUCUCUGAAAGAGGAUCUUCUUGGGAAGGAAAUUCUAGAGGAGGAUUUUCUCGAGGAGGACCUAUAAGAGGCUCAUCGAGAGGUGGUAGAGGCAACUUUUCAAGGGGUGGGUUUAAUAAUCGAGGCAAAACACAAAAGCCUUCUAACUAUUACUAAAAAUUUUUCUAAUUUUGGAUUAUAAUUGCAUAGUUUGAAAAAGAGAAAUUUCAUUUUCAACUGAGUUUAUUAAUAAAAUUAUUAUAUUGAUUGCUACUAAGUGUUACGUUUUUUUGCUUUUCAAUUCAAUUCAUUUG